UUUAAUCAAGUGAAGAAAACUCCUUUGUAGCUUCCGAGAUUUAAAGCAUUGCUUGACUGAAGACCAAACAAAGAGACAAGAACAGAGAGUAGAGAGGUUUGUGCGUGAACCCGGUAAAAAAGGAUGAUGCGUUACACAUAUCUGAAGCUUGCAAGAGUAUGAAUCCUUCUUCCUUUUAUGUAAAACCUGGCUUGUCUCCUUUUUUAAGUAGCUAUAAAUACGGCUCUCUGCUGAAAAAUUAAUCUCAAAUCAUUUUCGGCUCAUUACUCACCUCAACUACCUCUCUGUGGCCAAAAAUAACACAGAGAGACAAUUCAGACUAAGGAGUAUUUAAUAAGGCAUCAUCUAACAAAGGGCCUAGCCUAAUAACUACUACACAAGCGAAAUUUGUUUCAGAAGCAAACUUGUGUAAAGCAUGCUGCGAAAUAGAGUUCUUGCGUUCUUGUUUCUAGCAGCUCAGCUCUUGGUGAUGAUACCUGAAACGGCAGCGAAAGUUUCUGCGCUUAUCGUGUUUGGGGACUCCACUGUGGAUUCAGGCAACAACAACCAGAUUUCUACAGUUCUAAAGAGUAAUUUCCUGCCGUAUGGCCGGGAUUACUUUGAUGGGAAAGCAACUGGGAGAUUCUCAAAUGGUCGGAUUGCACCAGAUUUCAUUUCUGAAGGUUUGGGACUCAAGAACGCAGUCCCUGCAUACCUAGAUCCAGUAUACAGCAUCGCAGACUUUGCCACUGGUGUCUGUUUCGCUUCAGCUGGAACCGGCUUAGACAAUGCAACCUCUUCUGUCUUAUCUGUGAUGCCGCUUUGGAAGGAAAUGGAGUACUACAAAGAAUACCAGACCAGGCUAAGAAGCUACUUGGGUGAAGAGAAAGCUAAUGAGAUUAUUAAGGAAUCACUAUACCUGAUUAGUAUCGGAACCAACGAUUUCCUGGAGAAUUACUAUCUUCUUCCCCGCAAGCUGCGGAAGUACUCUGUGAGUGAGUACCAAAACUUCCUGAUAGGAAUUGCAGGAGAUUUCCUGACAGAUAUUUACAGACUCGGAGCUCGGAAGAUGUCUCUGUCAGGACUCUCUCCUUUUGGAUGCUUGCCCUUGGAAAGAACAACUCAGCUCUUUUAUGGAAGCCAAUGCAUCGAAGAAUACAACAUUGUGGCUAGAGAUUUCAACACCAAGAUGAAUGAAAAAGUCUCCGAGUUGAACCUUGAACUGGACGGACUCCAGCUUGUGUUUUCAAAUCCGUAUGAUCUGGUUUCAGAUAUCCUAAACCAUCCUGAAGCAUUUGGUUUUCAAAAUGUAAGGAGUGCAUGCUGCGGAACAGGAUACUAUGAGAUGAGCUACUUGUGUGAUAACAUGAACCCAUUCACAUGUUCUGAUGCAAGCAAAUAUGUAUUUUGGGACUCAUUUCAUCCAACAGAGAAGACAAACGAAAUAGUAGCAAGCCAUGUUCUCAAGUACGACUUAUCUCGGUUUCAGUGAUAAACAAGAAAGUUCCAUACCUGAUACCGCAAGCACAAUAUUUAACAUACUAUAUACUACAUUCUUUCUUCCAAAGUAUAAUUUUUUUCUUUCAGUAAGUUACUUGAUAUCAGUCAAAAUCAAGCUUCCAGAGUGUUGUAAAAGAACCAUUUUUCUUACUUUAUGAUCAUGUAACUACUUGAAGAUGCUGCUGUGAUUGUUAUAAAGAUGAAUUAGAUGAAA